AAAAAGAGUAAUGUUAGGCAAAAAAAAUAAAUGAUACACAAGUGUUUGUGAUUCCAAGGCAUCUCUUGGCUCUAUAAAUACAUACUACACAACAUCAUCGAAAGCAUCCACACUUUCAUAUCCACAAAAUAAAAUAAAAAAAUGGCCUCAAAGAGCUCAACCACCAUUUCCCUCAUCAUCAUCCUCCUCAUCAGCCUCGCAGAAGCAAACCUCUUAAGCUCGCCUACACCGACCAACAACUUUGGCUCAUGUCCCAGAAACCCAUUGCAACUAGGCGUAUGUGCCAACGUCCUUGGCCUAGCCAAUGUUACAGCUGGCGACCCCAGAGCACGACAGUGUUGCACUGCCCUCAAUGGCCUCACUAAUGUUCAAGUAACCGAUUGUCUCUGCUUUAUCUUCAGGCCGAUUCCGUUGGUUUUCGGUAUUGAUGUGGCCGUUAGAGAAAUCUUUUUUGCUUGCAAUAGGGUUUUUCCUAUCGGUUUCCAGUGUCCACCACCACAGUAACUACUACUUAAUUCCCCUAAAUAAGAGCCCUAUCCGGUGUUUCCUUGCACUAUAAGUUUGCUGGUACCAAAAGUAUGGGUUUAUCUAUUAAUGUUUUACAGUGUUGGUGUGUGUUUCGUUGUUGAUUAGAACGUAAUUAUAAGGACUAUCGAUGCUUACUAAAAAGUUGUUAAGCAUAUCUAUUAAUGUCUAUGAAGAAUAAUAUUAAAUAAAGUAUAACACUUUGUGUCUCUUCCUGUCUCCCAUAUGAUAUGUUGAAAUGAAAAAGAAAAUUGCGAAA